AUGACCGCGCACGCACAGAGCUCCAGCUGGCCGGAGUACCCCGAGGACUUCAGCCUGGCGCACGUCCACUCCAAAAGCUGGAUGGCUUCGAGCGCAGUCCGUGCGUACUCGCGGAGGGACGCGCACGGUGCUCCGGACGCAGGCAUCUCACUGGAGAGAUUCGUGCCAAUGUCCAGUGAGGACCCUGAAGGCAUGUCCUCCGCAGAGACGGACUGUGAGAGGGAGGCGGAGGGAGGCCAGAGGAGCCACUGCGGCCCUGUGAAGCACCGGCGCGUCGCAGCCAACGCCAGGGAGAGGAGGAGGAUGCACGGUCUGAACAAGGCCUUCGACGAGCUGAGGAGCGUCAUCCCGUCGCUGGAGAACGAGAGGAAGCUGUCCAAGUACGACACCCUGCAGAUGGCGCAGAUCUACAUCACGGAGCUGUCGGACCUCCUGGUCGGCGUGGUGCAGACGGAGUGCAGGAGUCCGUGUCAGGGCUCGGCGGACAAGGCCUCCAUGAGGAGCCACACCGCCUCCCUGGGUCACCUCAUCUUACUGGGAGCCGAGCGGGGGUCAAACCACUCCACCACCUCUUCCAGUGAUGGAGAGUCCUCACACCUCAGUGACAUGGAGGAGAGUCAGAGUGGGAGACAGUGA